AUGGCAAGUAAUGUUCCUUAUUGCUUGUCUACUACACAAGCUCCUUCUAUAUCCUCAACCAAGCACCUUCGUGAUGCCAACAAACACGAUACCCCAUUCAGAAAUCCACCCAAUUUCAACCCCAGUUCUUUCACUCGUGAAUUCAUCCACUCCCUGCCAAACAAUCUUCCGAUAGAAACACUGCAAGAAAGAGCGACAAAGUUGGAGGAGAAAGUGCGAUUUAUGAUUAAUGGAACAGACAUGGAACCACUAAGCUUACUUGAACUCAUUGAUGAUAUUGAACGCUUGGGACUGUUCUUCAGGUUCCAGGACUGGAUAAACAAAACCCUUCUCACACUUGUUUCAAUUCAAAACUUCAAAGACCGAACCACAACAAGUCUGCAUGAAACCGCUCUUCGUUUUCGAAUUCUCAGACGACAUGGCUUUGAUGUCUCCCAAGACAUUUUCAGGAGUUUCAAAGAUGAAGAAGGAAAAUUCAAGGCUGAAAUUAGCAACGAUGUACAAGGAAUGUUGAGUUUGUACAGAGCAUCAUAUUACACCUUAGAAGGAGAAAAUCUUUGGGAGGCAAGUGCAUUUUCAAGAACACAUCUAAUAAAUUUAAUGGAAGAAAGAUCAAUGGAUGCGAAAAUGGCAGAAAAAGUUAAGCACGUAUUGGAGGAGCUUCCCUAUCAUAAAACUUGUUGCAGACUAGUGGCGAAACACUAUAUUAACACAUAUGAUAAGACAGAACCGCAUAAUCUCUUAUUGUUAGAACUUGCAAAGCUGGAAUUCAAUAUGGAUCAGUCAUCAUAUCAAAACGAGUUAAGAGAAUUAUCAAGGUGGUGGUGGGACAUUGAUCUUUCAAGGAAAUUAAAGUUUUCUCGAGACAGAUUAGUAGAAAUAUUUAUUUGGGCACUGGCAGUUUUUCCUGAACCUCAAUUUGCAUACUAUCGCAAAGUAAUUAGUAAGUUAACUAUAUUAAUCCCAUUCAUCGAUGAUAUAUAUGACAUAUACGGAACUUUAGAAGAAUUGGAGCUCUUCACAAAUGUCAUUGCAAGAUGGGACGUGAAUUCCAUAGACACUCUUCCAGAAUGCAUGGCAUUGUGCUUCCUAGCCAUCUAUAACACUGUUAAUGGGAUAGCUUAUGACAUCUUCAAUGAACGAGGCAUAAAUUGUCUUCCUUACCUCACAAAAUCUUGGUCUGAUUUGAGCAAAGCAUACCUCCAAGAAGCAAAAUGGUUUCACGACAAAAGUAUUCCACCAUUCGAUGUGUACCUAGAAAAUGCAAGGAUCUCGAUCACAGCAGGGGUUAUUCUUACUCAUUGCUACUUCUUGAUCACCCAAGACAUCACGGAGGAAGUGAUUCAUUAUUUAACUAAUAAUGACCAUGACAUGUUGCACUCUGCAUACAUCAUUUUUAGGCUUACCAAUGAUUUGGGAACAUCAACGGACGAGAUAGAGAGGGGUGAAACCUCAAAUUCAAUUGUAAGUUAUAUGCACGAAACUGGUCUCCCAGAAGAAAAUGCCCGUCAACACUUCAAAACUUUGAUGGAGAAAGAAUGGAAAAACUUGAAUAAAUACCUAAUUAAGAAUUCCAUAUUCCCUAAAUCUUUUGUUCAAGUUGUCAUCAACCUUGCUUGGAGUGGUCAUUUCAUAUAUCAAUAUGGAGAUGGAUUUGGACGACAAACCAAUACAUUAAAGAACACAAUUAAGUCGGUGCUAAUGUACCCAUUCCAAUUAUAA